GUGUCUGUUGCAUCACGGCGUUAUUCGGUUUUGAUUCAGGUAGAAAUAUAUCAGAGACGAUGUUUUAAAUAUUUAAGAAUACGCUCUUCUUUUAAACUAUCUCCAACCUUUAUCCCGUCUUCCUGUUUGCAUCUAACUUUAAUUGUCUUUCAAUAUUUUGCCAAUGUAAUGUGGUGGAAGAACAAAAACAGACUCAACCUAGUGAAUAAUCAUUUAGUUGAUAUUCUUACAAUAAAUAAUCGCAAAAAUUAUCAUAUUUAUUAGGACGUUUUUAAAUUUUGAAAUAUAAAAGUGAUUUUUUCAUUGCCAUUAUUUGUAUUAUUGAUAAUAUUAAUAUCAAUUAGAGUCUUUGUGUUAAGAGAAUAGUGUCGAUUUAAGUGUAAAAACACUAUUAAUUCAGUGAACAAAUAAUGACUUUAAUUUGUUGAAAGUUUAAUAAGUUUUGUAUGACUGUAUGCUUCUCAUCAAGUCCAGGCGACUAGGUAUUCAAGAAUGUCCUGGAGAUGACUCGAGGGUAUUGAGGAGGCCGAGGUGAAGUUGGAAGUGGCCACGAAUGAGAAGUUUUAUCUAAACGUGGCGGGAGGAGUAUGAGAACAGGGAUGGAGGGUAACAACGAUACAGAGAGUAGUCUCAAUUUAACCGAGACGAACCGUACGUCAUCAGUUUACACGAUCGGCACCGAUUUUAUAACUAAAUGGAGAGUGACACGAAUUCAAAAACAACCAAAACAGAUUUGUCGUUUUGUUUCUGAUCAUCUGAGUGCAGAAUGUACACAAUGGAACGGCACUUGGUUUGAUUCAAAUGAUCCACAUAUAUUUAGUGGAGAGUAUAGUAAACUACUUCCAGAGUGGACUUGGAACAAUUUUACGAACUUUACAAAUUCAUCUUAUACAGAAGACGAGUCAGUUGAAUAUACUCCACCUUUCGAACUCUGGCAGACAAUUCUAAUAGCAUUAUGUCUGGCUGCGUGUAUAGUUUUAACAAUUGGAGGUAACAUUCUCGUACUAUUGGCAUUCAUCGUCGACAGAACAAUAAGACAACCGAGUAAUUACUUCAUCGCAUCUUUAGCUGCUACUGACAUGUUGAUUGGCACUGUUUCCAUGCCAUUCUACACUGUGUACGUGCUAAUGGGUUCAUGGGAUCUGGGUCCUCUACUAUGUGAUUUAUGGCUUUCGGUGGAUUAUACUGUCUGCCUAGUAUCUCAAUAUACUGUAUUAUUGAUCACCAUCGAUCGAUUUUGUUCAGUCAAAAUAGCCGCCAAGUAUCGAAGCUGGCGAACCAAAAACCGGGUCAUUUGGAUGGUCACUAUCACUUGGAUCAUUCCUGCACUUUUGUUUUUUAUUAGUAUUUUUGGAUGGGAACAUUUUGUUGGCUAUCGAAAUCUUAAACCGAAUGAAUGCGCUGUUCAAUUCCUAAAAGAUCCAGUUUUUAACACUGCCCUGAUUAUUACGUACUAUUGGACAACACUUGUGGUUCUUUUUAUUCUUUAUGGUGGAAUAUAUAAAACAGCCUAUGAUAUGCAAAAGAAAAGUGAAGCAAAGCAAAGAAAAAUGCAAUCAAUGGUAGCUCUUAGUGCUGGUGCCAUGUCUGGAAUGGCUGGUAGAGCAGCAGGAAUUGGAAUCACGAAGCCGACGAAUACAAUGCUUUGUCAAGAUAAACUAAAAGGUCCUAGUGAUGGAACAUCGACUACAAGUAUUGAUGGUACUGCUCCAGCCCCAACUGAUUACACUAAAGAAGAAAAUGAAAAUACAUCUGCUAGAAAAUCAUCCACGCAACAUAAUCAGAGUCAAAAUACUGCGAAUAAACUCAAGUCUGGAAUGAGUUCCUCUGAAGUAGAAAAAUCUGAACGAUCAAGUAGCCCGGCGUUUGAUUCUGAUGAAGACAGCGCUGCUGCUUCAACAUCAACCAAUCAGCAAUCAACUUUACCUAGAAAACGUUCAUCUAUUGCUGGAAUUAUGAUGCAAACUGGUGCAUUACAUGUAUUUGCUACCAAUGGCAGAUUAAAUGGUAUUGUUCCGGUGAACGUAGAAAUGAAUCCAAUGGUAAAAAAAUACUCUCCUACCACACCAGAAGCGAAAACUCAAACACUGCCGAAGAUUCAAGAACACAGUCUAGUUGAUGGUGAAAAUACAUCUGAACAUGUGGUAGAGCAUGAAAAAACUAGCAGUACUUUGACACCUGAACCAUCUUUAAAAUAUAAUGAAAUUGAUUCAACUCAAACUAUUAAACCCGUUAAUGAAACGCCACCUCCAGAAAUAAAAAAUAAAAGCUCAUCUUCUGGAGGACAACAGAGCAUAAUUCCUCCACCCACACAAUUUCAGGGUAGUUUACCAGCAUCGGAAAGCACCUCAACAUCUUCUUCAAUUGAUAAAACCAAGUCUUUAUUAGGUCAAGGACAAGGCUCUUAUGACAUCAUGAGUGGAUUGGACGGCGCUGAUCUAAGGUACAUGGAUGAAAGUUCAAUAAUAGUACCAAGUCCUUCCUAUGAAAGUCCACCAUCUUCUUUCUCCCUUAGUCUUGUGAAUCCUCUUUCAACGGCUCCAUCGUCUCCUGUUCUUGGACAUACUGGAACAUCAGCAGCCAACACUAGUCUACUGCAAGCUGCUCUGAUUAGAGCAACGGCUCAACAAAGCGGAACUAUUCAACCUCCUGUACAUUGCCCUCAAGUUUCGCACGCUUCAUGUCAAACUCAACCACCAAGAGUUUUUGUAACGCAUCAAAUUAAUGCUUCAUCACAAACCUCACCAACGGUUAGUAAAGUCAACACUGAGGUUUCCGUCAAGGUUGAAAAUACCAAACGUCAACCAAUAACUACUGUAGUCAAUACGCCUAUUGAGUCAUCCAAUAGCACAACGACUGAUCAUAAGGUUAAUAAUCCACCACAAAUAUCUUUAUCUAGCAGUGCGGUUCCAGUAGCUUUAUCAACAGGUUCUAAUAGAGAAUCAAAAAGACAAUCAAAAAAAGACAAUGAUCAGGAGGAUGGUACAACUGGAUCUAGAAAAGAUUUUGUAAAGUCAAUAGGUCGACGUUUAAAAGCAAAAACUCAAAAAAAAGAUUUCACUUUUGGUAGGCAAAAAUCGAGAACAGAAAAUCGUGCAAGAAAAGCUUUUAGAACAAUUUCAUUUAUUUUAGGUGCUUUCGUUGCAUGCUGGACCCCUUAUCAUGUAAUGGCAUUAGUUGAGGGUUUUUGUUCAAAUCGGCCAUGUACUAAUGAACACUUAUACAUGUUCUCCUACUUUCUUUGUUAUGCAAAUAGUCCAAUGAAUCCUUUUUGUUAUGCGCUUGCUAACCAACAGUUUAAAAAGACAUUUACAAGAAUAUUGAAAGGCGAUUUUCAUAUGACGUAAAACAUUAAUAUAAAUCCUAGAAUAAUUGCCGUAAAUAAACUGAAAUACUGAGUAUGGUGUAUGGACAAUAAUUUAGUUGACAUGUUUUUAUGGUAAUAGGACUAUAUAUACAUAAAUAUAUAUAUAUACAUAAUAAUUGAGAGAAUGACUACUGGAAUAAUAUGUUCGAUGAUCAUUGUGUAAAUAUAAUUUAAUUAGUAAUAGUAAAUAUCUUUUUGAAAGUUAAUCGAAGGUGUAUAUAAUGUACAUGUAUGUGUGAAUAACUGGAUAUUGUUUUCAAAGCAACACAAAUGCUGUGAGAUAUUUUUGUGGUUAAUAAUAACCGUGCCACGCUAAUAAUAUCGAUAAAAAAUAUAAUUACAACAAUAAUAAUAAUAAAAAUCAUAACAAUAAUUCUACAAUUGUAUAUCUACGCACAUCUGUAAUUAAUUAAUAUAAUCCAUCGACGCUAAAAUACUGCUUGACUAUUUAGUAUUCUCAUAUUACCGAAAGAACAUAUAAUCAUAAAAAUCAAUUAUUAAAAUUUCUAGUUAUAAAUUCAAACAGUUUUUGCGAUAAAUACGCUGCGAAAGACGUAAAGUGAAAAAAUAAUAGUGAACAAUUUUUUUUGAAGGAAGAUAUUCAAUACUCAAGUUUUACAUGACAAUGCAAAAAAUAAAAGAAAUUUUUACCUAAGUUUUUUCUUUGACGCUGUCCCAGAUUUGAAGAUUCAGUGGAUCAUAAAAAGAUCUAGAUGCACUGCCAAAAGUAGCCUACUGUAAUAAAGGCCUUUUUUUAACAAAAAAAAAAAAAUAAAUAAAUUCUUAGAAUCUGCAACAGUGUCGAGGGGACAUUUGCAUAUAGGUAGAUAAAAAACUAGAAAAAAUAGAAUAUUACGAUUAUGUGAGGUAUAGUAAAGAAUGUAGGUGACAACGGUAGAAUAAAUGUAGAACUCAGGUGGAAAACUGGCAAGAUUGGUAGAAUUAUUAAUCGCGUGUACGAGCUUUGUGCGUUGUUAUAUUAUACGCGAUCUAGAUAUUGUGAUGUGGCUCUGAGUAAGUGGAUCUGAAGAACUUCAGAUGAGUGCCUCGUCGCUUAUGAGCCCCCCGACGACUAGGCCCUCACAAUGUUAUUAUCUUUUACACUUAUUCACCGCUCACAGAUUUUACACUUAAUUUAACUUCAUUAUAAUUAUCGUAAGAAAUCGAUAUAUUAGAUGUAAAAUAGUAAUGGACCGUGUAUCAUUGUCCUUUCUCUUUGCUUUUAUUAUCAUAAUCCAGCAGCUUUCAAUGAUGCUAGAAAAUAUUAUCAAUAUUAUUGGCAGCCACGUCUUUGAAUGCGUACAUUCAAUUCCUUCCAUGACUGUCAUCUUUGUUCACUUCGCUGGUCGAAGUUAUUUCUCCCAUGUCCUUCGAUUUUCUUUUACAAAUAUGCAUAUAUAUUUACUACUGUACAAUUUUAAUGAAAUCAUGUCAAUUUAUUACAUUUAAAGUAAUUAUUGAGAACUUCUUCUUGUAAAUACUAUGUAGACUAGGAUAUUGUAGUUCAUAUCAAAAUAGGAAAUUAAUAUAUAUUAAUAUAUAUAUAGUCAACAAAACAAAACAUUAUGCAGUUAAUAGAUCAUAAUAGUUUUUGUGCAAUUUUAAACCAAAUAAAUUGGCAUAUACCUGACGGAUUAGAGGAAUCUGAUGAAAUAAAAUACUUCCUACUCUACUUAAGAUUAAAUUAGUGAUACUAAAUAUUUAUUUAUUUGCAAAUUUUUAAUAUAGAACACACAUUCAUCAUGUUUUGAAACCUUGGACACUACCUCAAAAAAUAUAUCUGCAAAUUGAUAAUAUCGAGACGUGUAAUAAUCAAAUAUACUUGAAUGAAUCAAUUAGGUGAAUUGCGAAGCCAAUGAUUAGGCGAUAUCAAUGGUCGUUUAUUGGCCUAAAUCAAAUAAAUUACGACUCUUCAACAUUUACAAACACAAACGUGACUACAUAACCAUGGCACAUUUGUAGCAUGUAUAAAUAAUGAUUAUAACAUAAAUUGUAUUAUUUAAAAGAAAGAAAGAUGUAACAUCAGCAUGGAAAAUAAUAUUUUCAUUUAUGCAAUGUGUAGAAAAGUAUGAAUAUAUGUACAUAUAAAAACAUUAUAAAGCAUAGAACAUAAAAGUUUUAUGCGUGCUUUGCCUGACAAUCUGAUGAGCGCAAAUAGAACAAUAAUAGAGCAAUUAUUGAAAAUAAUAUAAUAAUAUUAAAUUUGAAUCCAAUCUAUUGGAUUAUUUACUGAAGUUCAAA